GCGCGAGCGGGAGUCCAGUUAGCUUCAUCGUAGCGUCUCCCCGUUAACCGGCCCAAAAUGGAUGCCGGUGCAGCUGCUGAGCCCGCUUCCACGCCGGCCUCGGCCACCCCGGGCCUGUCGGGCGGCGAGGAGGAGCCCUCAACCUCGGCCGCUUUCUCGCAGGAGCCCGUCGAGGACGAGAAAAAUGAUCCUCCAUUUCAACUCAAACUUCCUCCAAAGGCAACUAAGUCCGAAAAAGAAAUUGAUCCGGAAUAUGAAGAGAAGAUGAAAACCGACCGAGCCAAACGAUUUGAAUUCCUGCUAAAGCAGACCGAACUUUUUGCCCACUUUAUUCAACCUGCAGCCCAGAAAUCACCAACCUCUCCCCUCAAAGUGAAACUGGGACGACCACGGCUAAAGAAGGACGAAAAGCAGAGCUUGCUUUCGGCAGGAGACUAUCGCCACAGGAGGACCGAACAAGAGGAGGACGAGGAGCUGCUUUCAGAAAGCCGGAAAACCUCAAAUGUGUGCGUCCGAUUUGAGGAAUCGCCUUCUUAUGUUAAAGGAGGAACAUUGCGGGACUAUCAAGUUAGGGGACUGAACUGGAUGAUCUCCUUGUAUGAAAAUGGCGUAAAUGGCAUCUUGGCAGAUGAAAUGGGUCUAGGAAAGACAUUACAGACAAUUGCAUUGCUGGGCUAUCUGAAGCAUUAUCGAAACAUUCCCGGUCCACACAUGGUUCUGGUACCCAAAUCAACUUUGCAUAAUUGGAUGAAUGAAUUUAAACGUUGGGUUCCAACAUUACGAGCAGUUUGCCUUAUUGGAGACAAGGAUGCCAGA